GGCGCUGUUCCCCUGCACCGGGGUGUCCGACAGCGACGAGAAGGAAGACGACAGCGAGCGCAGAGCCCCGGACGCGAGCGCGCGGAGCCGGCAGAGCUCCCCGGGGAGGGGGAGGAGGCACGGCCGCGGCUGCCGGAGUCGCCCCGCCGCCGUGCCUGUCAGCCAAAGCCACUGGGGCCCGGCUGCAGCGGCAGGACGGAUGCCAAGGCCACACGGCCGGCGCGGGGGCAGCCGCCGCAGUCGCCGUCCCACGCGGGCUCCGGACAUCCAGGGCUGCUGAUGAAGUGAUUGGGCAGGAGCAGUGAACAUCCUCAUUUUGGAGACAGAACAGCAUGGAUCAGCCAUUUACUGUGAAUUCUCUGAAAAAGUUAGCUGCUAUGCCUGACCAUACCGAUGUUUCUCUAAGCCCGGAAGAGCGAGUCCGUGCCCUGAGCAAGCUCGGCUGUAACAUCACCAUCAGCGAAGACAUCACUCCGCGGCGCUACUUUCGAUCUGGAGUAGAAAUGGAAAGGAUGGCGUCUGUGUAUUUGGAAGAAGGAAACUUGGAAAAUGCCUUCGUUCUUUAUAAUAAAUUUAUAACCUUAUUUGUAGAAAAGCUUCCUAGCCAUCGAGAUUACCAGCAAUGCGCAGUACCUGAAAAGCAGGACAUUAUGAAGAAACUGAAGGAGAUUGCAUUCCCAAGGACAGAUGAAUUGAAAAAGGACCUUUUAAAGAAAUAUAACAUAGAAUACCAAGAAUAUUUGCAAAGCAAAAACAAAUACAAAGCCGAAAUUCUCAAAAAACUGGAGCAUCAGAGACUGAUAGAGGCCGAAAGAAAGCGGAUUGCUCAGAUGCGCCAACAGCAGCUAGAAUCAGAGCAGUUUCUGUUUUUUGAGGACCAACUCAAGAAGCAAGAAUUAGCCCGCGGUCAGAUGCGAAGUCAGGAGCCCGCGGCUGUGCUGUCGGAGCAGAUCGAUGGGAGCGCUUUGUCCUGCUUUUCCCCACACCAGAACAAUUCCUUGCUGAAUGUAUUUGCAGAUCAACCGACUCAAAGUGAAGCGACCAGUCAUGCUGGCCACUCUCCUCCUGUCAACAGGGCCUUAACACCAGCUGCGACUCUAAGUGCUGUUCAGAAUUUAGUGGUUGAAGGACUGCGAUGUGUCGUUUUACCAAGAGAUCUUUGCCACAGAUUUCUGCAGCUGGCGGAAUCUAAUACAGUGAGAGGAAUAGAAACCUGUGGAAUACUCUGUGGAAAACUGACACACAAUGAAUUUACUAUUACCCAUGUAAUUGUGCCAAAGCAGUCUGCGGGACCAGACUACUGUGACAUGGAGAAUGUAGAAGAAUUAUUCAGUGUCCAAGACCAACACGAUCUUCUCACUCUGGGGUGGAUCCACACACAUCCAACCCAAACUGCGUUCUUAUCCAGCGUGGAUCUGCACACUCACUGUUCCUAUCAGCUCAUGCUGCCCGAGGCUGUUGCCAUCGUUUGUUCGCCAAAGCAUAAAGACACUGGCAUCUUCAGGCUCACCAAUGCUGGGAUGCUGGAAGUUUCCGCCUGUAAAAAGAAGGGCUUUCACCCACACACCAAGGAGCCCAGGCUGUUCAGUAUCUGCAAACAUGUGGUGGUAAAAGACAUAAAAAUAAUUGUGUUGGAUCUGAGGUGAUACGUUCCAGAUGCAAGCACCGUCAACACCCAGACACCUGCCUGCCCUUGGACCUGCGGUUGCCGGAUUUUCUUAAGAUGUUUCCAGAAAUGACUGACAUUUUAUAUUUAUAUAUUUUAGAUCAGAAAGUUUGAUAUUUAUUGCUCUUGCACAUUUUGAAGUUUUUUGUUUUUUUUUUUUUUCCGGGAGGGGAGUUGCUCUGUGUCAAGAGAGGUUCUAUGGUGUUAAAUCCAUCUCUAAUAACGUACCCAGAUACUGUGGCCAGAUAAUAAAUUGUGCUGCAAACAA